UUUUUUGGGUUGUAGCUUGGAAAGAAAGACAUUCAUAUUUGGAUUACUUUGCUAUAAAUUCAAACUAUCUGACGCCAGAAUAUAUUAUCUGAUCCUUCUCAACCUCGUCUUUCUCACAGUUUUUCUUGAUUUUUGCCUUUCCCAGACUUAAAAGCUUCGGUUUUUAUUUUCACUUUGGAAAACGAAAAUGGAUAAGAUUAAGAGUAUGAUGCGCGCUGUUCAGUACAGUAAAUAUGGCGGAGGAGUCGCCGAUCUCAAGCAUGUUGAAGUUCCGGUUCCCAGUCCAAAAAAGGAUGAAGUUUUGAUCAAAGUAGAGACAGCUAGUAUUAACCCAAUCGACUGGAAACUACAGGAUGGGGUAGCUCGGCCAUUUUUACCUCGGAAAUUCCCCCACAUUCCUGGUACCGAUGUAGCAGGAGAAGUCGUACAAGUUGGAUCAGAAGUCCAGAGUUUCAAAGUUGGGGAGAACGUUGUUGCCGUACUUGGUAAUGGAGGUGCACUAGCUGAAUAUGCUGUGGCUAAUGAAGGUUCCACAGUUUCAAGGCCUCCAGAGGUAUCAGCCCGUGAAGCUGCAGCUUUGCCAAUUGCUGGCCUCGCAGCUCACCAGUCACUCACCCAGCUUGCUGGGAUCAAACUCGAUGGAACCGGCCCAGAAGUGAAUGUAUUGGUUACCGCUGCUUCAGGUGGUGUAGGUCAAUAUGCCGUUCAACUCCUAAAGCUCGCAAAUGCACACAUUACAGCCACUUGUGGGGCUCGUAACAUAGAUUUAGUCAGGAGCCUGGGGGCUGAUGAGGUUCUUGACUACAAAACUCCUGAUGGGGUGGCUCUCAAGAGCCCUUCUGGUCGAAAAUACGAUGUAAUCAUCCACUGCGCACACAACAUUCCUUGGUCUACCUUUGAGGCUAACUUGACUUCAAAAGGGAAGGUAGUAGAUACCACUCCUGGUUUCGGCACUUUGAUGAGUGUUGCUUUCAAAAAGAUAACAUUCGCAAAGAGGCAACUCAUACCCUUGUUUACCUCACCUAAGAAAGAGAACCUCGAAUUUCUUGUUAAGUUGGUGAAAGAAGGAAAGCUUAAGCCAGUAAUUGAUUCAGUACAUCCUCUAAGCAAGGCUGAAGAGGCUUGGGCGAAGAGCAUUGACGGCCAUGCCACUGGCAAGAUUCUUGUGGAGCCAUAGGUUAUGAAGGUUACCUGAUAAAUUGCACUAGUUUUUCAGUUUCUCAUUGAGUGGUGUAGCUCACCGUUUCUAAGUUCACAAAGUACUCAGUAUCUUGAACAAUUCCAUGUUGGUGUGUGAGUUUCCUAAUCUUUCUUGUAUUUUGCUGGUGGUAUAAACAAUGUUGUGUGAUAUCUGAUAUCUAAUGUUACUGAGCACUGCGUUUUCUUGUGAAAUUUAGAAAUUUUUGUUUUGUUUUGUUUAAUGUAAUUCAAAUUGCAGAUGAUUAUACAGAGAACAGAACUUUCCUUGUUUUUGAA